AUGGCUUCCAGUACUUUCGGCAGGCAGUUGACAGCUGCCGGAAGAAGAGAUGAUGAUAUGGCUCUCACCAUAGAUGCCAAAGAUAUCCUGAUCAAAAACAUAUUGUCGGUAUACUUUUUUGGCAUACCCCAGAGAAUUCCUGCAGAAUCCCAUCAGAUCAUCCGCAGGCUCCCUGCAGCAUCGAUUAAGGAACGAAUCAUCGGCUGUACCCGACUGCUAUUCUUACAGGGCUAA